AUGGGAUGUUUUGCUCGUCCACGUGUUCUGACUCUAAAGGACACAUUCUAUCGAAACAUAUCGAUUUUUCCGAAAUUCGGUGAUUCGAAAACGGUUGAAGAAAAAUUCACACCUAAGAGAUCUUCUCGUGUUUAUGGCUGUGGUGUCGUAGUUACUGGGGCUUUAGGAAUUAAAAAAUACGUCGAACCUGAGGACAAACUGGAUCCUAAACAGAAGUUUAAUGAACCUGUACCUACGCAUUUGAAAUAUUUUAGUGUUAAAGGAGUCGACAUCAAAUCAGUCCAUUGUGGCUUUGGAUACUCAGUAUUCAUUGGCUCUCAUCCUAAACUUAAAAAUGCAUUUUAUGGUUGUGGAUUGAAUACUGAUGGACAGUUGGGCUAUCAAACGUCAAGACUGCAUGGAUUGCUCUUUAAUUCAAUUAAUGUGGAUAUUGUCGACGAACCUCAGUUAAUUCCGAUGCCUUAUCAUGAAGAGUUGAUGCCGAUGGCCGCAUCUUGCGGGCGGGCACAUUCUCUCGUUUUUUCCCAUUUUCCAAUCCGUAGGACCUCAGUCUUAUUUAGUAUGGGUAAUAACACCUUUGGCCAAUGUGCUCGUGAGAUAAUUGAGAAUGAAAUUUUCACCCCCGAGAAUGCUCAAGUUAUUCGAGUAAACCUACCGAAAGAAUUGCGGGCCAUUAAACAGAUUGAAUGUGGGCAGGAUCAUAGUCUUGUUCUGUCAGAUCAAGGUGCUGUGUAUGCCUGCGGACUCUCAACUGAUGGUCAAACUGGCCUUUUGACGACUGACUGCGUUGAUAGGUUGACUAGAGUUGGUGGGGCACUGAAGAAUUUAAAAGUGACGCAAUUAUCAUCUCGUGGAGAUACAGUUCUUGCCUUAACGGAGUGCGGUCGAGUAUUUGGUUGGGGCAAUAACGAAUACAAUCAAAUCUGGCCAAUUAUUGAUGAGGUACAAGUGCUCGAGCCCACCGAACUUCCUGUUCAUGAGUGUCUGGAGGAAAUAAAGGAUGCUGGGAAAAUCGUGCAAGUGGCUGCGGCUGGAUCAAUGUGCGCUAUACUAGAUGAGUAUGGACAUGUUUUUGUUUGGGGCUACGGAUGCCUGGGUCUCGGACCAAAGGUCCUUCAAGUUCAAAAGCCAACACUUUUACCCCCAGCUCUUUUCUCACCAGCUUUGCCCUCUUCCGAUAACCAAAUAGUCAAUGUGGUACCCGGAUUGCAUCACUUCGUGGCUCGAUCAAGAGGUGGUCUUCUUUGGUCAUGGGGUGCCCCUAGAGCGGGUCUAGCGUGUCUCGGUUUGGGCCAGAACACCUCAGCUUCCAUAGAGGAAUCUGUAAAGAAUAUGCAGACCUUUCCAAUGCCUUUAUCUCUGCCUGCUGAAGCUGUUCAAGUCUCCUGUGGUUCGCGAACUCGACUUCUACCACAACUCCAGUUAUGUUGUAGAAGUUUUGCUAGAACUACCUUUGAAAAGGACUGUUACUACUCCGUGUUGGAUAUUCCAGUAACAGCUACACCCGAAGAGAUUAGAGCAGCUUACUACACUAAAUGCAAGUCUACUCAUCCCGAUGUUGCAUCUACAGAUUCCCAAUCAUUUCUUGAGGUGAAUGAAGCCUACAGUGUCCUUAUUGAUCCAGAACAGAGACGGUUGUAUGAUGGCAAGCGGGGGAUUGCACAAUUUUACGCACACCGUGAAGGUGAAAACGAUAACUUCCAAACCCCACAUUUCUCCUGUACCCCCAACGGUCCGAAAAUGAGCUUUAAUCGGGCCAGUGAGAUCUUCCACUCCAGAAAAUUCCGGCGAAAACACACAACGCCGGGGACUAUUUGGAGAGAACCAAAAGCAAGCCCAUUAAGGAAUGAGGCGGAGGAAAAGUAUGAAAAGGAGAAGCAUUACUAUGACUACUAUAACCGUAGAGCUUCAGGCAGACCCCCUAUUGCCACUCUCCUUCUUUUUAUACUUCCUCCCGGAAUUCUUGCUUCUUUAUUUAUUUCUUACGAAUCAUAG